AUGCCCGAUAAGCCUGAUGCAUUGGAGCUUCGAAGCAAGGUGAAGGCCCAACACUACGAGGGAGUCCAGCCGCUUAUCGCUUCUGGCAAGCUUUUAGCAGGCGGCCCCAUGCUUGAGAAGCACCCAGAGGAAGGGGACCCAGCGCUCUUCAAGGGCAGUGUGGUGAUAUACACGGGCGAAACUGCCCAAGACGUCCGCAAGCUGAUUGAGAACGAUAUAUAUGCAACCAGUGGCGUCUGGGAUCUGGACCAGGUCCAAAUCAUUCCGUUUAUGUCAACUGUGCGAGAACCACUACAUCGUAAAUAG